AUGGAGAUCCUCCUCAUCUUCAUCCUCUACCAGACACUUCUAAAUCCCAUCACGAAACACACAUGGGUGCAUGAAGGCAGAUUCUCUCUGCAUGAUAAUACCAGUGCUAAAGUCUUCUGGGUGGUAAUGAGAAACCUCACAGUGGAGGAGUCUGGAACCUACCAGUGUGGAGUGGAUAUAGAGAGAUGGACAGACACAUACAGACCAGUGAAACUGAAGGUGAAGGCAGACUCAUGCUGUGGAAAUUCUAUGAGUGAGACUCUCUAUGUAGGAGGAAUUGUAAACAUCAGCUGCAGUUUCUCAGAAUCCACCAGAAGUGACCCUAUGUUUCUCUACAAGAGUGUGGACACUGCUGUUUGUACUUAUAAAACAUCAAUUACAGAGAGUAGAAGAUGGAUAAAUGAGGGAAACAGUUUACUGUAUGAUGACAGAGCAAAGCAAAUGCUGACUGUAACUAUCAGAAACGUAACAGUACAGGACUUUGGUACAUACUGGUGUGGAGCUGAAUCAGACUGGGAAUCUGAUCAUGGGUACAAGGUUUAUAUCGCACAGAUGUACCUGAGAGUGACUGGUGAGUGGAUACCAUAUUGA